AUUUGAUCGAAAAGAGAAAAAACUCUGCCCGCGGAGAAUACACCAGAGAGAGCCGGUUUGGGAGCUGUUGCUGGCUGCCUCUUCUCUGAUUUCUUGCUCGACUGUUAUUCUGUUAGUUCCCCUGCCGGUCAAUUUCGAUUUCGUCUUCGUCGGGUGACAUUCAUCUACUGCUCCGAGGGGCACCCACGGUCUCCAAGGGCGACGCCAAUCUGACCUAGUGCUAAUUCAAAUUCUAUUUUAUUCGCGGGGGCGACCAAUCGAUCGAUCUCGGUUGCCGCCGGCUGAGGCGACGCCUCUUGCUUUCUCUUCGUCAGACUCUACGAUGAAUGUUUCUUCUUCUCCAGCCUUUUCUUCGCUGACUUCACAGGCGCUGCCACUUUCUACCCCUUCUUCUUCUGCUUCUUCUUUGUCCGAUUUGGUACCUGGAAAUCAUGGGGCUGACGUCUCAAUGUCUAUUCAACCUAGCCCUAUUGACCCUGCGGCGUCAUCCGUAGUUCAGCAGAGGCCCGCCGCCGCCGGCCUGCCGCCUCCUGGAGCUGUAGUUACUCAGCAAAUGUACCCUGGGUUUCCCUCUUUCCAACCUCCUCCAAUGGCUGCACCCGCGGCGGCUCCUCCGCCACAAGGUAUUUGGUUGCAGCCAAUGCCACAACAAGUUCCUGGCAUGAUGCGGCCGCAGCCACCGUUUCUGCCGUAUGCUCCGCCUGCCGUUUUCCCUUCCGGUCAUUUUCCUUUGCCAGGACCUGGAAACCCUAGCCUAAACCCCCGCCCUUUUCCUGGCGUUUUACCGGUGCCAAGUAUGGGUGUGAAUUUUCAUAUUGUUCCUCCUCCUGCGACUUUGCCGACGGCUUCAAGUCAGCAGUUUGUGCGGCCGCCAGGGACCCAGACAGAAUUAACUCCUCCAGGAAUUGGUAUGCCCAGGAUUCCAAUGUAAGGAAUUGCAGAGAGCAACAGACAUUCCCUUGACCCUGACAUGAAGGGUAAUGGUGCUCCUAAUGAAGCGUCAGAUGCUUGGACUGCUCACAAGACUGACACCGGAGUUACAUACUAUUACAAUGCUGUGUCGAGAGUAUCCACUUACGAAAAACCUCCUGGUUUUAAAUCGGAGAUGAAUUUUGGAGCUUCAUACCUUCUUAUUUGCAGGGAGAAUUUAGCUGGGACACAUUGGGCCUUGGUCACCACAAAUGACGGAAAGAAGUAUUACUACAACAACAUAACAAAGGUAAGCAGCUGGCAGGUCCCAAAUGAGGUGGUGGAAUGGAGAAAGAAGCAGGAUGAUGUGUUAAAAGAACAAGCAAUGCCAGCCCCACAGGCUAAUGUCUCCACUGAUACAGGAUCUACUACAGUCAGUUUAAGUACUCCGGCAAUUACCACUGGUGGCCGUGAUGCCUUGGCUUUGAGAGGCACAAGUAUGCCAGGGACAUCAUCUGCAUUGGAUCUGAUAAAAAAGAAGCUGCAAGACUCUGGAUCUCCGGUAACUUCAUCCCUUGCUCCAGUUUCAUCAGGAGUACCAACAUCUGAAUCUAAUGGUUCAAAAGCUGUUGAAGCUGCUACAGCUAAGGGCAUGCCGAGUGAAAGUAGCAAAGACAAACUAAAAGACACAAACGAGGAUGGUAACAUGUCAGAUUCGUCAUCAGAUACAGAGGAAGACAAUGGGCCAACAAAGGAGGAGUGCAUUGUACAAUUCAAGGAGAUGCUCAAGGAAAGAGGGGUGGCACCAUUCUCAAAAUGGGAGAAGGAGCUGCCGAAUUCAAUAUUGUUCCAGGCUAUACCAAGUCAUUCUGCUCGGAGGUCCUUGUUUGAGCACUAUGUGAAAACACGUGCUGAGGAGGAGCGCAAGGAGAAACGUGCAGCUCAGAAGGCUGCAGUAGACGGAUUUAAGCAGUUACUAGAAGAAGCAUCAGAGGAUAUUGACCAGUAUACUGAUUAUUAUACUUUCCGGAAGAAGUGGGGGAAUGACCCAAGGUUCGAGGCCCUUGACCGUAAGGACAGAGAGCAUUUGUUGAAUGAAAGGGUUCUUAACUUGAGGAAGGCAGCAAGAGAAAAAGCUCAAGCCGAGCGUUCAGCAGUAGCUGCUGGUUUCAAGUCUAUGCUCCGAGAAAGAGGAGAUAUAACCGUGCAUUCACGUUGGUCCAGGGUUAAGGACAGUUUAAGGAAUGAUCCCAGGUACAAGACUAUAAAGCAUGAGGAUCGGGAGGCUUUAUUCAAUGAGUAUUUAUCCGACUUAAAAGCAGCAGAUCAGGAAGCCGAGCGUGAAAUGAAAGCCAAGAGGGAUGAACAGGUACUUAAUUUAAUUUUUAAGGAGAGGCUGAAAGAAAGGGAGCGGGAGUUGCGAAAAAGAAAAGAAAGGGAGGAACAAGAAAUGGACAGGGUGCGACUAAAAGUUAGGAGGAAGGAAGCAACAUCUUCUUUUCAGGCUUUGCUCGUAGAAACAAUCAAGGACCCACAGGCAUCUUGGACAGAGUCAAAGACCAGACUGGAGAAGGAUCCUCAAGGACGUGCAACACACCCUGAUUUAGAUCCUUCAGAAACUGAGAGACUUUUCCGUGAGCAUGUGAAGAUGUUGCAAGAGCGAUGUGUUCAAGACUACAAAGCCUUGUUGGCUGAAGUCAUAACUGUUGAAGCAGCUGCAGACAAGAUGGAAGAUGGGAAAACAGUCCUAGAUUCAUGGUCAACGGCGAAGCGAUUACUGAAAGCGGAUCCCAGGUACAACAAGAUCCACAGGAAGGAGAGGGAGAGCCUCUGGCGUCGGCAUGCUGACGAGAUGAUUGAAGAAGCUAAAAGCAGGAGUAAGUGAUAUGGAUGCUAAAAGGAAUCAAAACGUAGAAGCUCUGUUGACCCAGGGAGGGGAAACCCUCUCUGAAUCAAGGAGACCUCAAGACUGAAGAUAGCUUGAAAUCUUUUUCUCUCUUUUGCGUACGGCCCUGUUUUAGAGAUCAGUGGUUUUUUUGGUAGAUGUUCCUGUACCAAUUUGCUGACAAUGAAGAUCCCUGAUAUUAGAAGAGUAUGCUUUUAUUGUACAUUGGAGCUAUUCAUUUUAGUUGGCGAUUCAAGGUGAGCUCAUUUAAGUUUGGUUCAAAUGCUUGUGCACUUCUUUAGGUCAUAAUCGGUUGUUUCAUUUUCCUUCUUGGCAAUGGAAGCUCGACCAUAGAUUUAU